GUGCAGCUGCCAGCCAUCCACCGCCCGCGCGCAGGUCCGCGGGGAGGGGCGUCCUGCCGACCGGCCCACCCCGGGGCGUUCCUGAAGGGCGCCCGAGGCUGCCCCCACCGCCUCCUAGAUGUACUAUGCGGUUUCCCAGGCGCGCGCGAACGCGGCCCCAGUGACCAUGCUGAGGCCACAGAGGCCCGGAGAAGUGCAGCUGGGGGCCUCACUUUACGAGCUGGUGGGUUACCGGCAGCCACAUUCCUCCUCCUCCUCCUCCUCCUCUUCCACUUCCUCCUCCUCUUGCACCACGGCGCCCCUCCUCCUCCCCAAGGCUGCGCGCGAGAAGCCCGAGGCUCCCGCCGAGCCUCCCGGUACUGGUCCUGGGUCCGGCGCGCACGCGAGCGCCCGGGCCGACGCCAAGGAGGAGCAGCAACAGCAACUGCGGCGCAAGAUCAACAGCCGCGAGCGGAAGCGCAUGCAGGACCUGAACCUGGCCAUGGACGCACUGCGCGAGGUCAUCCUGCCCUACUCCGCGGCGCACUGCCAGGGCGCGCCGGGCCGCAAGCUCUCCAAGAUCGCCACGCUGCUGCUCGCCCGCAAUUACAUCCUGCUGCUGGGCAGCUCGCUGCAGGAGCUGCGCCGCGCUCUCGGCGAAGGCGCAGGGCCCGCCGCGCCGCGCCUGCUGCUGGCCGGCCUGCCUUUGCUCGCCGCCGCGCCGGGCUCGGUGCUCCUGGCCCCCGGUGCCAUGGGGCCCCCAGACGCGCUGCGCCCUGCCAAGUACCUGUCGCUGGCGCUCGAUGAGCCUCCCUGUGGCCAGUUCGCGCUCCCCGGCGGCGGGGCAGGCGGUCCCGGCCUAUGCACUUGCGCUGUGUGCAAGUUCCCGCACCUGGUCCCCGCAGGCCUGAGCCUGGCCGCGGUGCAGGCUCAGUUCUCCAAAUGAAGGCCCACCUGGGCCCGGGGAGGGACGCGACCUCGGGUCGGGCCUCCAGCCGCCCAGCUUCUUUGAGCCUCUGCGCCCUAAGUCCAGGGAGGGCGAGCCCGAGGAAGGAGAGCAUUUGGAACCAUUUCUGGACCAGAGAAAGGGAUUGUGGGGCGCCUCGUUUUCUAACCGCAGCCCUGGGAAAUGAAGGGGACCCAAGCAGCAUAUGUUCCUUGGAGCAUCAGAGCUGUUUGCGCUGUAGGUCUAUUCCUCCUGCUUAGGACAGAAAGUGAGCGCACCCCCUACUCUAACUCAGCACGCCUCUGUCCCUGUCCCUGGAGCUGUGCUCCACGCGGGGCUGGUGUAGAUUGUAGAAGGCGGUGCUGCCGCUUCGGAUCGCCCCGGGUACGGCGAGAGACCAUCCCUGAGCGCGACCUUCUCGGAGUGUCCCCUCCAGACCAAGCGUCUGCUCUCAACCUUGUUUGUGUCCACGGGCCAGGUUCUAUCAAAGGAGGCUGCCAGACCCCAGGAAACCGAGAAAAACCAGUUAUUCGGUGCGGACCGUCAGGAACGCCGCAGACGCGCAGACCCUCGGCAGCCUCUCGUUUGGCGUCCCGGUGCCGCAGAUGCGGGCAGUGACAGUCCCAGGGCCGCUGGACGUGCAGGAUUGGAAAUUCGGUCCCCUUUUAUAGCCAGGCGAUUCGAAUGCUAUUUUAAAGCAUCGAUCCUGGGGUCUUCUUAGGCAGGUUAGGAUUCAGAAUCGCCUUUCGUCUCCCCUUCCCAAAGGUAGUCUAACCAACCUUUGAGCUUAGGUCAAAACAAAAAGCAAGCACUGUUCACACCAUCGGAGCUCCGGAUUUACUAAAAUAGGUAACAAGGCAUUUCGCUGUCGCCUGUCUCGCGAAGCUGUCUAAUUAACCUCAUUAGAAGACACAGAGGAGGAGCAGCCAGAGCCCAAACAGCGUGCGCCUUGGGCGCGUUCAGCUGUGGUGGUGGCAGCGGACGACGCUUUUUUGCGCGGUCCUUCCGCGCACUUGCGGGUGCCGCACUAGCGCACCCCGCGGGGGGUCCGGGUAGCAGCCUAGCAGCUGAAGCGUACUUCGUGACGGGUCCUGAUUUGUUAAGGGCGUUAACAGAUUACCCAAGGUUAUUUUGUGAUCUUUCGGCAGUUUGCUUCGGUUUUUAUGUGGACAGUAUUUGGUUGUCCAUAGUAGCCAAAUUUAACUGGCGUUUUAUUUUACCUCUAACUGUGUUCUCCUGAGCUGUACAGAAUCAACAAAAUAAAACCUUUCAAGUCUAA